AUGAUGAUCUUCGGCUCGAACCCUAUGAAUCAUAGACCAAAUUGCAUGGUGGAGGACUCUCUUGAAUUCAUGGACUUGUUGCCAUUUAUAACCAAGAGCCUGGGGCCCGAGGGGCUCAUCGAGGAGCUUUGCAAAUGGUUCCAACUGCAUAUGGACACAAAGAAGGGUGUCAUGACACUCGAGGGUUUGAGGAGGAACGUGGCAAGGCUUGGGCUCGAGAGGUUGGCAGAUGAUGAGCUCCUGAGAAUGCUAGGGGAGGGAGAUUUGGAUGGGGAUGGGACUCUAGAUUAG